AUUAAAUAUCCGGAAUCGGCCGAAAAAACACAAAUUUUUGAGAAAAUCUAAUUUUCUGCAGUUAAUAAUACUUAAAAUGAAUUGAAUUUCCAAAAUAACAUUAAAAUGGCAGCUACAGUCACGGAAGAUGAAGAGUUCUUGUCUUCGCACGAGAUCUUGAGAGAAAAUCUAAAAAGAAGAACCAGAAGAAGAAAAGUUCAAACUUAUGCAGAACCAAAAUGCGGGGAAUGCGGCAAGGUCCUCGCAGACAAAGCAAGUCUAGCCCACCAUAUCAAAACGCACAACACGGCAGACCCGUACCAGUGCAAGAAGUGUCCGUACAAAGGCAAGACCCAGAAGUACCUUACGAGACACAACAACCGAGUGCACGGAGGCAAACAGAAGAAUUACAGUUGUAAAUACUGCGGGAAACUGUUUCUAUUCAAGUCUGGCUUGGUGACCCAUGAGAGAGUUCAUACAGGUGAAAAACCCAACGUUUGUGACGUCUGCGGGAAAGGAUUCAACUCUCCGUACUCGCUUUCAACGCACAGAUUCAUACACUCUGAUGAGAAACCGUUCAAGUGUGUGUUCUGCGACUACGCCUGCCGGGACAGUUCUACGCUACGAAAGCACCAAGAGAGGCACAUGGGCAUCAAGAAGUACCCUUGCGAUAUGUGUAACAAGAGAUUCUAUUCAAAGUAUCACCUCACCGCUCAUAUGAAGGAGAAUCAUAUAGCGCCAGAAGACCGGAAUCACGCUUGCGACAAGUGUGAAGCUACCUUCAAAAACAAGCGAGGGCUGCUGACGCAUAAGAACCUCGUCCACGAGCAGACCAAAGCGUGCAUAUGCAACGUGUGCGGUGUUCGCAUACCCAACAAGUACAACCUGAGCUCGCAUAUGCGGACGCAUAUCAACGUGCGCCCGUACAAGUGUGCCUACGACGGGUGUAAAGCCAGCUUUAAGGAUAAGGGAACUCUGAAGAAACAUUCGGUAAUUCACUUACCGCCUCAGUGGGUAUGUGGAUAUUGUGGCAGAGGCUUCAGUAGACGGGUGCGACUGGUGAGACACAUCAAGCUGCAUGAAAAGCCUGGGGCAAAGACCGAAGCUUGCCAGUAUUGUGGGGUGAGAUUCCUCACCAAGAACUACCUGACCAAGCACAUCCGCACCAAACACGCGAAGGACAGACAGAAGUAUAUUUGCGAUAUGUGCGACUUCGUGACGCACAACAAGCCGAGUAUAGUGAUGCAUAUCAAGUACGGACAUAACUAUGAUAAUAAGACUGAAUGCAAAAUAUGUGGCAAAAUAUACAAAAGCAAGACUUUCCUGAAACUACACUACAAGAAUACACACAACGUGUCUAUGAAAACCAAAUUGAAGACCCUGCCCAAUAUACAGAUAAAAGAAGAGCCGAUGGAUCCCGUUCCUGAUUUGGAGAUAGAUUUGCUGGACAUUGAAAAAGAGGAACCAUUCACAGGUUACGACGCAGAAUACACCGAUAGCAUGUCAGCGUUCGACAAGGAAGAGAACGAACGGCGUUUGCGUGUACUGUUCAAGAAGAUGAUACACGAUCCGGAUUUAGAAGAACACGAUGAUGGAAUUACGGACCAAAUCGACUCAGCCAAGGAGGAGAAUAAAACUGAAGACACUCCUGACUCUCCAAAGAACACUAAAAUGCCAUUUGAAGACACUCCACAGAACACCAUGAUACCACUUGAAGACACUCCGCAGAACACUACAAUUCCAUUUGAGGACACUCCGCAGAACACCACAAUACCAUCUGAAGACACUCUGCAGAACACAGCAAUGUUACUUGAAGACACUCCAAUGAAGACCGCAAUACCUCUUGUAGACAUUCAGCAGAACACAGCAAUACCAUUUGAACACACUCAACAGAACACCACAAUACCACUUGAAGAUACUCCACAAAAUGCCACGAUGCCAUUUGAGAACUCUCCGCAGAAUUCCACAAUACCAUUUGAAGACACUCUAAAGAAUGCUACGAUGCCAUUUGAAGACAUUCCGCAGAACACCUCGAUGUCAUUUGAAGACAUUCCUCAGAACACAGCCAUGCCACUGGAGGAGUUGAUCCAGCAAGAUACGCUGCUAUUGGUUGUAGGGGACGGACAGAAAACUUUACAGGAACAAGAAUCAUCUAAAAACAUGCUAGAAGAAGAAAUUCCACCUGAAACUCCAGAAACCGUUUCUAUGAUGGAAGAAAUGAAGCAAAUGGACGAAGAAGAAAAAACUGAACAAUCGACGCCGACGCCUGAGGAUGAUGACUCAACAGAAUCGACUGAAAUGGCCGAGAACCGAACCGAAGACCCGCCUGGUCCCAUGCCAGUCGAGGAGUUCAUCCAACAAGUCAUGGGGGACAUGGAAGACCCACAGCAAGAAGAAGAAGAUGACACGUACACUCUAGACAAGGAAUCCGAGGAGUUCGUAAGGAAUCGCAUUCGAGAACUGUUGACGAACCAACGGAUCUUGGACCGCGAGUCGCGUAUUGGUUUCGGACGGAGGACGCUUAAAAGGAUCUCACGAGAUGAAAUGGAGACAUCCCAAAUAAAACCACGAGUAACUCGAGCCGUCGAACCAAACACUGAAAACAUUAUCUCAGAAAUAAAAAACAAAGAAAAACAGGCCAGAAAAGAGGCAAGAAAGGCCAGAAGAGAAGAAAAUAAAAUAAAAAAGAAAAGAAAACGCAAAACUAAAGUCAAGAGUGACAAGGAUAGCAAGAGUGGAGAGAAAAAGACGGAAAUGAAUAAUAAAUACGAUCCCAAAUUGAUCUUUAAUAUGUUCCAGUGUAAUGUUUGUUUUAAGCUGUUCCAAACCAAACCUGAACUAAUGGAGCAUUGUCAAACUCACUUUGACGUAUGCAGCGACACAAUGCUCAUGAAAUGUCCCCUCUGUGACUACGUCACGGAAAGAAACAUACGAAAACACAUGAAAACAGUACACAAGGAAGACGUCAAGAUAUCCUUUUUAAGUAUACUCGAUCGAAAAGAGACAACAAAUAACUCUAGGUAUUAUUACGAGACAAAAAAUGAUAAUGCAAAAGAACUGGAUAUCAUACCUAGUAUCAAAAUUUUGAAUAAGAAAGCUGGGAUGGAUUUGGAUAGGAAGAACAGAGAAAUAAAGAAAAAAUCUAUGUCUACUUCUAAAUUGGUUAAAAAAGGGAAAGAAUGGAUUGUGGAGACGCAAAAAUUCGAUGUAUCAGGUUAUGUUUUGCCUAAUUCGAGUGAGUUGGAUAAAAAUGAUGUAGAUUAUUUGAAGAAGUUAAAGAAAUUGGGGAUUGAAGCGAAGAGGAAAGGCGUUAAAAUGUUGUACCCCUGUAAUAAAUGUGAAAAAGUAUGCCAAAAUCUGAGUGCGGUGACUUUGCAUGGCCGAACUCAUGAUCCGAAUAAAAAACCUUUUAGGCCUAAAGUAUGGAAACACAAGACAAAUAACUCUAAUGAUAAUGCCAAUGCUGAGAAAAAUGAAGAUGUGACUGCAAAAAUAAAUAAUCGAACGGCGAAGCCUAAGCCGAUCGUAAAUAAACACAAAUGCGACCCAAAACUGAAGGAUUUUUAUGAGAAAAAUAUUAGAGGCUUGAAUAUAGAAUUUUGGCAGUUUUUGAAGAUUUUCAACAAGAUGGAGCGAGAAAAGAUAAAUGAUUUUGACGAUUUGAAAAAUUCUACAGAGUAUGGCAUUGGACAUGUUAACUAUUUAUAUGAUAGCCCAAGUAACAGUCAAACUGAUAAUAAUACAGAAAAAGAAAUAAAUAUCAAAGAUAAUAAGCUAAAAAAUACCAAUAUGGCGGCUAAUAAAAAUAAAAAACUCAGUGUUACCAGUAGAAAUAAUUCAAAAGUUGCCAGCAAAGCUAAGUUUACAAGGACGAUUAGAUUAAGCAGAUUUGAGCAUAAUAGAAGGAUGGAAUUGCAGAAGAAAUUGAGGGAGAAAAUAGCUAAUACAGAAAAUACUGAAGACUAGACCCCGUGGGUUCUUUCGUAUUUCACUAGUAACAGAUUGUUAUGACCGUGAUCAUAAAACCUGGGCCCCGGUUGCGCUAAAAAUUUUCCAACAGCAACGCGUUUGGACGACGAACGAACGUCAGCUGUUUUGACAACGCCUCUGAGUAAAAGCUGACAGAAGGCUAUUCUUUUUCAAACGCAAGUCAAGCGCUUCACGAAUAUUUGCUGUUUUAGUAAUUUUAGUUUAAAAAACUAGGUGUUCGUAAUUUUAAUGGAUAAUGUAUAAAGUAUCAGCCAAACCAACGCGAUCACACGCGAUCAUCCGGCGUGCAGCGAUGGCGAUCAAUGCAUUUAAGUCUGGUCGCCAUCUCUGCACGCCGGCUGAUCGCGUUGGUUUGACUGAACCUUAAGAGUAGGCGCACACCGUUGAUUUUUAGUUGGCCGAUAGUUGUGCCCGAUUUUAAUUUGUAUGAAGAAUCGGCCAAAUCGAAUCGGCGUAGUGUGCGCACUCCAUACAUGCCCAUACUGAUCAACUGCCCGACUAAACUAUCGGUCGACGAAAAAUCAACGGUGUGCGCCUACUCUAAAUCUGUUGUUUUGUCUUUGUUUGCGCUUGAACUUUACCGAGAUACCUAAUUGCACAUGAACUGGAGCGUAACUGGAGAUGAAGCGCGAAUGAAUUGGAGAAAUUACACAUUAGCGCAAUCGGGACUCUGGUCGUAUCGAUGAGAUUCGUAGAUUUGUGUCCCACCGAUAGUCGAACCAAGGAUUUCCGUAUCUGAUCCACUUAGCACUGAUUAAUGUAGGCAGUAGGUAAUGUAAUAUUUAAAGUUCCUAAUAUUAAAACGCAUAAUUAUUAUACUACUACACUCGCGAGCAAAAAUAUGGAAUCACCCUAUUUAUUUCGAGCGAUCAUAAGAACUAAGUGUCUAAUAGAAGAUCAAUAAAAAUGGUACCAUUUUAAAGGUGAUAUUAUAAACUUAAAAUUGAUACCAUAGAUACAUACAAUACAUAGUCAUUCAGUUCUUAAGACCGCUCGGAACACAAAGGGGUGAUUCCAUACUUAUGCUCGUAAGUAUAGAUUCUGCAAAAAAAAAACGAAGUGGAAAAGAACCUUAGGUGGUUGAAUUAAGUGGUACUUAGCAAUAAAUAUUUAUAUUCUGAUUAGCUGUUGUUUGAAGAUGAUGUUUUUUAGAGUAUUGUGUUCAUGAAAAUGCAUUUCUGUUAGUGUUAAAGACAUGAAUUUGGUUUGUUCAGAUAACUAUAAGAUGUUUUGUUAAAAAUACAAAGUUUAAAACAA